AUGAGUAAACGAACUGCAUCUAAAGAUCCAACAGGAAGAAUAGCAAAAUUAUUAAAAAGUAUUGAUAAUAAUGUCAAAGAUGAUAAUUUUGAUGAUGAUGAAAUUAAUGAAGAAACAUUUAUUCCAAAAGCAGCAUCUCGACGUUUAGAAGAUUCAAUUGAUGUUGAAGAUGAUGAUUUAUAUCGAUCAUCAACAAUAGGAAUAAAUAAUCAAGGUUUAAAAGAUUUUCGUUCCGAAAUGGAAUUAAAAAAUGAUCAUGAAAAUCGUCCAUUAUGGGUUACACCAGAUGGUCAUAUUUUUCUUGAAUCAUUUUCACCGGUUUAUAAACAUGCUCAUGAUUUUUUAAUUGCCAUUGCUGAGCCUGUUUGUCGACCGGAAUAUAUUCAUGAAUAUAAAUUAUCAGCUUAUUCACUUUAUGCUGCUGUAUCUGUUGGUUUACAAACAAAAGAUAUUGUUGAAUAUUUACAACGACUUAGUAAAACAUCUGUACCAAAUGGUAUCAUUGAAUUUAUUCAAUUAUGUACAUUAAGUUAUGCAAAAGUAAAAUUAGUAUUAAAACAUAAUCGAUAUUUUGUUGAAAGUGCUUAUCCUGAUGUUUUAAAAAAACUUCUUGAAGAUUCACAAAUUCAAGAAUGUCGAUUAGUAACAACAGGAACUAGUUUAGAUACAAAUACAAUAACAGAAAAACCUCGAGUUGUUAUUCCUGGAACAACUGCAGCAAAUGUAAGUACAACAACUGAUACACCAACAACAACAAAUGAACAAGUACCUGAUGAUAUUCGACGUUUAUAUGAAAAAAUUGAUCGAGAUGAAGAAGAUCUUGAAGAUUUAAAAAUUGUUUCAUUUGAAAUUAUUCAAAAUAAAAUUGAACUUUUACGAAAAAGAUGUCAAGAAUUAGAACAUCCAUUACUUGAAGAAUAUGAUUUUCGACAUGAUACAGUUUUAAAAAAUUUAAAUAUUGAACUUCGACCUAAUGCUAUUUUACGUCCUUAUCAAGAAAAAAGUUUAAGAAAAAUGUUUGGCAAUGGACGUGCACGAUCUGGUUUAAUUGUUCUUCCAUGCGGUGCUGGAAAAUCUUUAGUUGGUGUUACAUCAGCUUGUACAAUAAAUAAAAGUUGUUUAGUACUGUGUAAUUCAAAUGUUUCUGUUCAUCAAUGGAAACAACAAUUUAAAAUGUGGUCAACAGCUGAUGAUUCCAAAGUACGAUUAUUUACUUCAGAUGAUAAAGAAAAACCAAAUGGUAAUUAA